UCCAUGUUUUAUUUCAAUUUUUCAUUAUAGGGUGUGCCUGUUUUAGUUUGUUUUUUGCCCAAGCUGGUCCUCAUUAUUCACAUACAAGUUACAUUUUGCGUAGGCGUACUUAAUUUUUUCCCUUUGUUAUAUUUUCAUACACGAACCUAACCCAAAACGAAACGUUUUAUGUAUGUGUUUGUUAAGUGAUGGAAAUGAAUGUUGAAGAGGAAAAGAGAAGCAACGAAUUGAAAAAGUGAGAAAGAAAUGAAUAUAGACCGAACACACCCUGAAGAAAGAGGAAGAAAAUCUACCCUCUAUAAUGCAGAGAUGAACAAGAGAAAAAAAAUGAAUAAUCUUGCGAAAACAUUUCCUACAAUGGACGAAAUUCUCAGCAAGAUAUUGAAAAUAUAGUUUUGAAUCUUGUAGGGUGUUCCUUUUAAUGUUCUUCUUUUAAUAAAUUUUUAGAAUGAAACAAGUCAAUAUGAUAUUUAGCUGUUUGUCGCCGUUUUUUUCUUUUUAUAGAAGGAUAGAUCUGCAUGCCUGAUCGACUAAUUAGUCAACUUCUGUUGAGUUUUUCAGAAUUUUCUUUGCCACUUUUAUCCUUGGCAUAUUAUAUUUCUUUCAUGAGUUAAUCAUUAAAUGCAUUGCUACUGAAUAAAAGGAGCGUGAUUAUUAAAGUAACAGAGUUUAGAAAAUACAACUGCACAUAUACUUAUUGAGGACAAAAAAGAAGAGAUACGCUUGAUGAGGAGAAACAGAAACUUCACGGAAUUUCACAACAGACAAUGUGUUUGCUAUUUACAUUCAUACAUGUAUUUUGUUUCCAUGCAUGAAAUUUAUUCUCAUAACAGAAAAGUAACAAAAAGAUCGUUCAUAUGCAAUAAUUUGUCCUUAAUUCAUUUACUUUUCAACUCAACAUAUGAAAAUGGUUAGAAAG